UUUGUAAUAGACCUUUUUAUGAGCCUAUAUCGCCUGUCAUUGGAUGCCACUGGUCAUGUGCAGGAGGCAAACGUCUUCAUGGCCUUUUCCUGAUUUCCCAAGCGGGUUUUUCAUAGCAUUCUGCAGCCAAAGCCCCCCAAACUAAACGCUCGCAGUGUACCUUUCCAAAAUCAGUGUUUUGUUAUGAGUAACUUUGAACGGUCAGACUUGCAGAGCACGUCAUGCCGUUAUAACUGUAAACAUCUGUUCUGUAUGACCGUGUAGGGGCGCCUCUUUGGCAAACUAUUUCCAACCUAUGCGGGAAAGAGCGACCAGUAGACAUGCUGUCUGAUAAUUGGGCAAAGCGACAUACAGAAGACAUGGAUUACCCUCUAACGAAUGGUGGCGGUGCAUAUGAUGCAGCGCGGCUGAGGGGAGACAAUACAGAGAGCUACACACACCACGGUCGGAGGAGAAAGAACCUGUGGGAAACUCCAAUCACGUGACUCAGGCGCCCAUGCCAUUGGACAAAAGUACACGGGCCCCUUCAGUUUGAAUCGUCAUCAUGCAGAAAGCCACUUAUUAUGACAACUCUGGACUGUUUGGAGCCUACUCAUACCCCAAGUCUGACUCCUACAAUUAUGGCACGUCUCACCAACCCUACCCCACGUCUAACAUGGACAAUGAGUAUCAGGGUCCAAUUUGCCCCAUGCAAACCCCAUCCGUCCGUCCACCUGCCCACAAAAACAAUGACCUGAACGGGAGCUGUAUGAGACCAAGUGGCAGUCAAAGCAACAGCCAAGGAGAGAGUGUUGGGGAGCAGCCUCAAGCACCUCCACCACUGGCUGCCUCGUCACCCAACUCAAACAGCACUUCAUCUCAGAAAAAGAAGUCUCCCACCAGCGGUGGGUCCAAUACUGCCAAUCCUACCAUGUCAAAGCAGAUAUUCCCAUGGAUGAAGGAGACCAGGCAGAACUCCAAGCAGAAGAGCACAAGCAGCACAGCAUCAACAGCAGGUGAAACCUGUGACGAUAAAAGUCCACCAGGACCAGCCUCCAAGCGGGUGCGCACGGCCUACACGAGCGCCCAACUGGUGGAGCUGGAGAAGGAGUUCCAUUUCAACCGGUAUCUCUGUCGUCCCCGAAGGGUGGAGAUGGCUAAUUUAUUGAAUCUCACGGAGCGCCAAAUAAAGAUCUGGUUUCAAAACAGGAGGAUGAAGUACAAAAAGGAUCAAAAAUCCAAGGGGAUAAUGCACUCGCCCCUGGGACAUUCUCCGGACAGGAGUCCACCGUUAAGUGGCCCGAAUCAUAUUGGAUAUUCUGGUCAGCUCGCAAAUGUAAACUCUCUCACCUAUGAUGCGCCUUCGCCCCCGCCAUUCGCCAAGCCACAACAAAACAUGUACGGCUUGGCUGCGUACACUGCACCGUUGGGCGGUUGCAUACCUCAACAGAAAAGGUACCCUAGCACAGAUUAUGAACACCACAGCAUGCAAGGCAACGGAAGCUUUGCCAGCGCUAAUUUACAAGGCAGCCCGGUGUACGUUGGGGGGAAUUACGUUGAUUCCAUGCCAGCUUCGGGCCCUAUGUUCAACCUCGGCCAUCUCCCCCAUCCCUCAUCGGCCAGUGUGGACUACAGCUGUGCUGCGCAGAUUCCAGGCAACCACCACCAUGGACCCUGUGACCCCCAUCCCACAUACACAGACCUCACCUCUCACCAUGCGUCUCAGGGAAGGAUUCAGGAAGCGCCUAAACUCACGCAUUUGUAAGGAUUCCAUUGGUGUGCCCAAGCGACGGUUGGCUCUUUUAUUACCUCACUAGUUUAAAAAGUAAUUUAUAUAACUACGAGAGUCACACAUAUUACCCGUAUUGCUAUUGAUAUUACUAUUACUGCUAUGAUUGUAAUUAUUUUUUAAAAAUAGCUGUGGUCCAUUUCUAUUGACAGUUGAUGGUGCGCGAAAGGACGUGCUUAUUGUCAGUUCCAUUUUCUAAAGAGCAAUGCGCAAUAUAAGGAACAUUUCAUAAGGUAUUAGCCUACUUGAAGGUAAGUCCUGUAGACCUGACAGUAUUAGACAGCCAUCUUUAGAGGAUUGAAAUUUGUAGACUAAUGUGAUUUUAAAAAAAGAAGAAAAAAACAUGGACUCAUUGUUAAGUCGUCUGGUUAGGCAUCUGUGUUCUGAAUCUGUUCCUGGUUCAAUACGCCUUUAUUUAUUUAAUUUUCCUGAGACUGUAUGGCAAACAUAUAUUGCAACUGAUUGUAAUAUUUAUUAUUUAAUUUUUGUAUCGCACAGUAUUUAUCAUAUCAUGUAGCCUAUUUAUAUGAACACAUGUAGAAUUUAUGCACCGUUUGAACGAGUUCCUUAGACAUCAUAACCAUAUAAUGGUCCAAAUAUGUUGGAUGUUUCACAAAAUGGUGUUGGCUGGUGUAUUUUGGUGUAACCGUCCCCCCCACAUGUAAAUCUGGUCAAACUGGACAAGGAGUCAUUGCCACUCGAAAGCUGAUUUUGUUGGUAGUGCACCAGCAUGCCAUGUUAAUGUCUUUGCCCAAAUCACCCAAGAUGAAUGUUGUGUCGGAAGGUGGAUGGUCCAUACAUAAAAAUAACGAAGCGGUAAUGAUAUGGAAAUGUUAUAUUUUAUUGUGUUACACAUUUUGUAAAUAAAGUGCUUAAAUUUCAGUAUAUGAUGAUUAAAUGCCUCGUUGUUUCAGAUGAAAAUAAAAC